UGAAAGAUUGCAGCAUCAUUUACCGGUAUUGACGCACGUGUGGCUAGUGCGCUAUUAAAAUUAUAUAUGUUUGUUAUUUCCUCGUGUGUUUAGUUUUGUAAUUUUAAGCAUUAAAAAUGAGUUGGUUAUUCGGACUUAGAAAGGACACUCCUCCUGAUUUCUCAAAUUUAGGAAUUCCUUCGGACCCGACCGGCGGACAAACAGGGGAAGGUCAACCUGCUGCCGGUGGUAGUGGUUCUGGGUCUGGUUCCAAUGAUGAUCGGAAAGCAAGCUCUUAUAGAUUUGAUUCCACUGCAUUGGAAAGAGCUGCAAAAGCAGCUAGAGAACUGGAGCAAUCUGCAAAUGCUAAAGAGUACCUGGAGCUUGCUAAAAUGCAAGAAGUUAAUUAUCAGCUCGAGAAACAGGCCAAAAUGAAAGAAUUUGAAGCUCAUAUUGAAAAUGCCAAAUCGGAACAAAUUCGUGUACAGCAAGAAGAACGGAGAAAAACUAUUGCAGAAGAAACAAAGCACAACCAAAUGCGUGCUCAAUACCAGGACCAGCUGGCUAGAAAAAGAUAUGAAGAUCAGUUGGUACAACAGCAAAAAGCUAAUGAAGAAAAUCUAAGGAAGCAAGAAGAAUCUAUUGCCAAGCAAGAAGCAAUGAGACGAGCUACACUAGAAAGGGAAAUGGAAAUUCGGAACCAGACAGAUAUGAAAAGAAUUGAAGCUGAAAUGAGAGCAAAAGCAAAAGUUGAUCGAGAAAAUCAAGAUUUAUAUCUGGAACAGAUCCGAUUAAAAGCAUCUGAAAGUAGAGUAACUGUGCUAGAAUCUAUAAAGACAGCUGGGUCUAUUUUAGGUACUGGGUUCAAUGCAUUUAUUAGUGAUUGGACUAAAGUUACAACUAGUGUUGCAGCUGUGACAAUGCUGGCAAUGGGUUAUUAUACUGUUAAGCGUGGCACAGGUGUUGCAGCCAGAUAUAUUGAAGCCCAUCUUGGGAAACCGUCAUUAGUACAAGAAACAUCUAGGCUAACUUUAGCAGAAGCUCUAAAGCAUCCAAUAAAGACAAAACAAAGAUUAACAACUAAACCCAAGGAUGUGUUGCAAGGUGUUAUUCUCAAUCCUGCUUUAGAGGAAAGAUUGAGCAAAAUUACAGUAGCCACAAGAAAUACAAAGAAAAAUAAGGGCAUGUAUAGAAAUUUACUUUUAUAUGGACCUCCUGGAACAGGAAAAACUUUGUUUGUAAAGAGAUUAGCUCAGCAUUGUAGUAUGAAUUAUGCAAUUAUGAGUGGUGGUGAUGUUGUAGCUAUGGGAAGGGAAGGAGUUACAGCCAUCAAUAAAGUAUUUGACUGGGCUAAUAAAUCUAGACGAGGUUUGCUGUUGUUUGUUGAUGAAGCUGAAGCAUUUUUGCGUAAGCGAAGUUCUGAAGCAAUUGGAGAAAAUGUCCGUGCUGCUUUGAAUGCCUUCUUGUACAGAACAGGAGACCAAUCAGAUAGAUUUAUGCUGGUUUUAGCCAGUAACACACCAGAACAGCUUGAUUGGGCCAUGAAUGAUCGUAUGGAUGAAGUUGUAGAAUUCCGACUUCCAGGCUUAGCUGAAAGAGAAAGGAUGAUUCGACUGUAUUUUGAUAAAUUUGUACUAUUUCCAGCUACUGAAGGCAAAAGGAGAUUCAAAGUGGAGCAAUUUGAUUAUAGCAAAGUAUGUUCAGAUAUAGCUAAAUUGAUUGAAGGUUUAUCUGGUCGAGAGAUAGUUAAACUUGCUUCAGCAUGGCAGUUUGCUGCUUAUGCUUCCGAUGAUGGUCUUCUAACCCAUGACAUGGUUAUGGCAGAAGUCAGGAAUGCUAUAAAACAACAUGAGCACAAGGCCAGCUGGCUAACAACAGAAGAAGCUAAAAAGCAAAUUCUAGAAGCUUCCAUACCUAGAGCAAUACCAUUAGAUUAUAAAUCAUCUAGUUAAUCAAAAUUUUCUUUUUUAGGGAUAAUAAUUUCAUGAACUUUGUAAAAAAUAUAUAGUCAUGUUCAUGUGAAAAACCCAGUAAACUGUUUUCCAGAAAUGAAAUUGAAUGAAUAUAUCUUAGUCAAAAGAUUAAAAAUUGUGUCAUAUUGAACACAAUCUUGUAUGAUAUGAUAGUACAGCUGUGCUGUCAAGAAAUAUUUUUAUAGAUAUAGUUGAAUGAAUAUAAUGAUUGAA